AUGAAAAAUCUAAUGUACAAGACCAAAAUAUUAACGGAAAAACUUGAAGCUACUGAAUUGAACAUACUUGAUGCUUUAAUGUUGAUUGAUUAUUCAUUAAGUAGCUUAAAUGAAAUGAACAGCGAUGAUACAGCAAUGAACAACCUAGUAAGCAGUGCAAUAAAAUUUUCUGAACAGUUAGGUAUUGAUCCAGUGUCAGAUUUUAAUCGACAUCAUCGGAAAAGACUUUUGUCAAAAAGAAUUGACCAAAAUCCAAACACACAGUGUUCGAUUGAUUUACCUACUUUUUAUCGAGUAGAAUUUAAAAAAGUUCUAAAUACUUUGAUUGUUUUAUUGAAUGAACAUCUAAAAAAAUCUUUGGUGACAUUUGAACCAAUGAUUACUUUGUUUAAAAUGCCAUGGAAACAAAUUUGUUCAACAGAAAAUGUAAAAAAAGUAAUCGAACUAUUUCCACCGGGAUGCAAAGAUUUUAAAAUGAAUGACUAUGAUGGAGUGAUUGCCGAAUUGAAAGUUUUAGAUCACCAGUGUAACGUGAAAAAAUUGGAUAGCUUGACAAAAAUAUUUGAAUUAUCUGAAGAUUGUAAAACUUGUUUGCCAACUGCAAACAAGCUAUGCAGGCUAGUACUUACAGCUCCCGUAAGUACUGCUUCAAACGAACGCGCUUUCAGUAAACUGAAAAUCGUCAAAAACUAUUUACGAUCGACUAUGGGGGCAGAUCGUCUCCAACAUUUAAUGUUACUUUAUAGUAACAAAGAUAUUUUGGAUUGUAUAGACUUAAAAAGUUCAGUGAAAUCAUGGUCACUAUUAAAGGAAAGAAGGAUUAAAAUUUAA